AGGCCUACUUUAAAACGCAAGAUUCAGUAUCGGACCUUUAUUUUGAAAUGUACGUGGCUGUCGCAGUGCACGGCAGUGAUGACGCGCCGCUGCUGUCAUAGCGCCAGUGUCGCGUUUAGGGAAGAAGCGGAACUCGCAUCCAGGAAUCUCUCGUCGCUGCGGUGCUACAACUUCAAAAAAGUUAUGGACACCUGUCUAUUUUAGUGAUCCACUGCUCUUCCCGAAGUCCCAAGGGCCAUGAGCCCACCUAACUUUAGUCUACAAUAUGAGCCUUCGAACCAUAGGGGGCGCUGUGCUCAGCUCCCUGGGACCUAGUCUGGCGGCUCAGGCCGGGGGAGCCUGGAGUUCUCUCUCUUUAAGACCCAUACCCUCCAUGCUUCAGACCAUGGUACCUUCCGGUUACACUGCCCUACAGGAGGAACGACUGGCCAUGGUAGACCUCGGCACGCCCAAACCGGAGUCCCUAAAGAACGGCUUGCACCGUGAGUCUCGGCGCCACUCGGACCGAGGCGGGCGAACGUCCAUCAGCCUGUCUGAUCCGGGAGAGGGCAGAUAUGAGGAGACUGAACCCAUGCUGCCCGAAUGUAGGGUUUCAGGAGAGGAAGCUGACGAAGAGGAGAGCGAGGAAGAAGGGCAGCAGCAGGCAGCCAGAAACAUGCCCAAAGAGUCGCUCCUGGCCAUGGUGCUGCAGAUACUGGUGCCAUUCCUCCUGGCUGGCUUUGGGACGGUGUCGGCCGGAGUGGUACUGGAUAUAGUACAGCAUUGGGAAGCAUUUAAGAACAUCACUGAGAUCUUCAUCCUGGUUCCUGCUCUCCUGGGUUUAAAAGGAAACCUGGAGAUGACUCUCGCGUCCAGACUUUCCACAGCGGUGAAUGUGGGGAAAAUGGACUCACCCAUAGAGAAAUGGAAUCUCAUUAUUGGAAACUUGGCACUGAAACAGGUGCAGGCCACGGUUAUUGGCUUCUUUGCAGCUGUAGCAGCUGUGGUACUUGGCUGGAUUCCUGAUGGAAAGUUCCAGUUCAAUCACGCAGUGUUACUUUGUUCCAGUAGUGUAGCUACAGCCUUCAUCGCAUCUAUGCUGCAGGGUAUAAUAAUGGUGGGUGUGAUCGUGGGCUCUAAGAAGACGGGCAUCAACCCUGAUAAUGUAGCCACGCCUAUUGCCGCCAGUUUUGGUGACCUCAUCACGCUGGCCAUCCUAGCCUGGAUCAGCCAGGGCCUUUACAACUGUAUAGACUCACACCCAUACGUGUCGUCUCUGGUUUGUGCCUUCUUCAUGUGUCUGACCCCAUUAUGGAUGGUCAUCUCCUCUAAACACCCAGCCAGCCGUCAGCUGCUGUACUCCGGCUGGGAGCCGGUUAUCACAGCCAUGUUCAUCAGCAGUAUCGGUGGACUUAUCCUGGACAAAACUGUGUCUGAUCCCAACCUGGCUGGAAUUGUGGUGUACACACCUGUUAUCAAUGGUAUCGGGGGAAACCUGGUGGCCAUUCAGGCUAGCCGUAUCUCCACCCAUCUGCACCUUCACAGCGCCCCUGGAGAAGUACCCGACGAGGCCAAAGGCUGCUAUUGUCCCUGCCGUACCUUCUGUGGCACAGGAGCCAAUCACCGAUCAGCACAGGUACUGCUGUUAUUGGUCAUCCCUGGUCAACUGAUGUUCCUGUACGUCAUUGAUCUGAUGGAGAGAGGUCACACCUCACUGACAGCUGUUUUUAUGCUUGUGUAUUUGGCUGCUGCUCUUCUGCAGGUGUUCUUGCUGCUUUGCAUAGCAGACUGGAUGGUUCAUUCCAUGUGGAAAAGCGGGAAAGAUCCGGAUAGUUUUUCCAUUCCGUACCUGACAGCGCUGGGUGACCUUUUUGGAACCGCCCUUCUUGCUCUCAGCUUCCACUUCCUGUGGGUCAUCGGGGACCAGGACAGUGAUGUGGGGGAUUGAGGUCCUUCAUUUAACCCACUGUAUCAUGCCUGCUGUCCUCAACUCACCUAAUGCCUUGUAUGGCCGCUGUCGGACCAAACAGGAUGCUUUUCCGGCCCAAAACAGGCCAUUUUCUUACAGGCAAUUUCUCAAUCAAUUUAUUGAAUCUCUUCUUAAAGUGCCAGAUGAUUUAUAAACUGCACUUUUUUAAUGCAGUAUAAGGCCAAGUAUGUAGAAGAAAGCAUCUCUUCAGGUGCGAUUGAUGGGGGUACACAAAGGAUCGCAUUUUACCCCAUCAAGUAUAUAAGUGAACCUGAACAAAAGCAAGCCCUUAAAAUCAAUAUGUGUACGAUUUAUUUAUUUUCCAUGUCUUGUCAAUUCUUUUUUAUUUUUGUGCCACAUCUUCCUCCCGUAAUCCAGUCAGAUCCGUCUGCUAAUAGUGUAACUGCACAUGUUUACUUAACCAGUGCCAGAUCAAUUUAUAUUAUUAACUUCUGUAAUGCAGUUUCCAUAGCUUGGGAUAAUAAUAAUAAUUAUAUAUGGAAACUGCUUUGAGAAAAGGGAUUCGAUGCCCAGCUGCUUGUUCAGACAGGAGAAUGAUCUGAGCUCAACAAAAUGGUACUUUAUUUUUGUGUCGUCAACUAUUUAUGUCAUUUUCUGGCUACAUGCAUUAACCCAAAAUGAAAUGAAUUGAAUGUGCCAGAAACAGCUCUUGAAGUUUGUAUUUCUGUGUGUGUUGUUCUUGUUUGUAUUCAGUAAUGUUAUUCUAAGGUGCUGUUUACACACUAUAAAAUGCUGGGUUAUUUUUAACUCAACAUUGGGUCAAAAGGGACAAACCCAGCCAAUUGGGUAUGCUGGGUUGUCUCAACCCAAAUUGCUGUUUUUAUUGCUGGAUCAAAUAUAAACAUUUUUUAUGAGUUAAUUUAACCCAAAGACCGGGUUCGUCCCUUUUUGAACCAACGCUGGGUUGAAAAUAAUCUUUGAGUAUACAGUAAUUUUUAUAUAUGGGAGAAGAGUUUCUGGGGGCACCAAUAGAGCAUUCUUGUUUUUUUCUUUUUACCAUGCUUUUUUGAUACUCGAAAUGUUUAAUAAAGCUUUAUCUCCAA